AAAAAGGAAAUCAACGGAAAUAGUUUUACGAUAGCUAACAGAGAGUUUUGGAAAGUUAAACUAUUUUCCAGUAGAAAGUAGUGCCUACCAGUGAUGUAAUAUAAAUUAGGUGAGUUAGUUGACCAGUUUAUUAGACAGUCAUACAGGGCCAAAGCAACGUAGCUAACGUUACUCUGAGCAGCACGAUGCCUCUAGGCUAGCUGACUUUCGAUGGCGCAGCUGUCAUCAAACGACGUUACCAACAGAUAUUAGCUAGCUAGCCUACGACGUUGCCAGUAAUUUCGGUUAGCCAUAAAUAUGCUUUAUAUAAAUUGUUAAGGGGUGCCCGCUGCCUUUCGGCGCUUCAAACUGAUAGGCAAGCUAACUCAUUGGAUAACGAUGAGUAACUUGAAUAUCGUGUCAUACAGUAGUCAAGGUAAAACAAUGGCAUCUCAAGGCGCGUGUCUCAGUGGGACAGGUGUCUUUUACCAAGCGAUGCCAGCUGUGGGAACCAAUGGGAGAACUGUUAUGAAUCUAAUCCCUGUUCAAAAAGUCAACGGACAGUUUGUUCGAUCACCAACGGGCACUAUAAAGGACAUUGCUGAAACUAAACGAGAUUAUACCUCGAAUGUUCCAUCAAUUUCGAAGAGUAACAUAUCUAUUUCGGGACCCACAGCUAAAGAACAAUUUGUGAAUAAAAGGCCAUUUUACGUGAGUACCUCUCCAAAUCCAGCCAAUCUGACAGGAAUAUAUCCUUCAGUGCGCAUCCAGACUCCAAUAGUAACAACAAAAGUUGCCCAAAGUGCAGGAUCCUUGACAUCACCUGAGUUUACCUGUGGGAACACAUUUGGCCAAUCACUUAUAAAUAAGAAAAAGCUGCCAGUUACUGUGAAAUCCCCAGCGCUUCCAAAUGGACAAUACCUUCAAAUUCCACCUAAUGCACAAGUCAAAACCCUCCCAGCAUCCGCACUCCCCCCAGCCAUAAAGAGACAGAUAUUUACUUCAUCAACGACCUGUGCCUCAAAUUCACCAAUGGUUCUUUAUGUGUCCCCUGUCCAAACCAUGAAGCAUAAUUAUGUACCAACAUCUCCGAAGUCAGCCCCCUCACUCAGCCGACUUCCAAGGUCAUCUGGCCAAACACUUUCUACAUGCUCUUCAACAGGCUCAAGACAGUGUUCUAUUACUGCCAAGGAUGGUAAAAGACUGGUCACUCCUAUUAAGUGGGUGAUUGAGGAGGCGGAUGGCUUACCUGCUCCAUGCCGUGUUCCUGUGAAUUCAUCUUCUAUGACCUCAGAUAUCCUGAAAACUGUGGCAGAGAUGGAAAAAGCCAGCAAAACGUGUGAUCACACAGCAAAAAACCAUUCAACUUCCCAAGAGGGUCAGACAAAAAUUGGACAAGAGAAGGACAAUGCCUUAGUGAUGUACAAUGGGAAGGUGUAUUUUGUAGCUAACAAAACCCCUGCGCUUUGUAACAGACCAUCAAAACCCUUGGAGGCCAGUAGGAGCAUGGGUACCUCCUCCACGCAGGCAAAGGAAAAUGUUGGAUUCAAUCAGAGAAUCAGCUUACCGCCCUCCCUACCCUUGUGCUCCUCAUCUGGAUCACAAUUGUCAAAUAAAACCAGACCAGACCCAAAACACAUUGUCAUACCAGAUGAAAUCAUUGACCUCUGUGACGAUGAUUCCCAGGAUGACCUCACAUGCCAGGCAAUAUCAACAAGGGAUGUAACAAGGCAACUUUUCAGACAGUCUGAAGUUGAUGAGGACGAAGACUCCAAUGUAAUAUUUGUCUCAUACCUUCCACCCAAAGCGGUGCCUAAAGUAGGUGAAGGAGAAAUGUCUCAUUUGCUGGAUGACUUCGGAGCUGAACAAGAAAUGGUACGUAGUCAAAAUAAUUUGAAUGGCCAGGUAGUGGAUAGUCAGAACAAUGUAUCUGGCCUUUCAAUAGAAAGGUGUCAGAAUGUUGGUACUGCCCACGACAUGGCAGACUGUCAAGGUAUUGCAACAGGCCAAGAGUUGAACUCCCGUCAGCAAAACAUCACUGGUCAGGAUUGGAAAAGACUGCACAUGGAAGACUUUUAUGGCAGUGCAACUGGACUCAGAAUUGAGAACAUUCAGAGUGGUGCCACCACCCAAGAAAUGGGGAACAUCCAGAAUGAUGCCACUGACCAAAGCAUUGGAAAUAGUCAGUACAAUGCCUCCACUCAAGAAAUGGAGAACAUUCCUGAAAGCACCGCUCUCCAAACAGAAAUGGAGACACACAAAAAAAAGAGCUCAUCAGAUCCCAUUCCUGAGCAGCAGACUUCCAUGUUGGACCAGGAAUCCCUGGAAACUUGUGAUCGCCUGCUGAAACAGAUGUUUGGGAUCACAUCUGAUGUGCAGAUAUGUUUGAAGAGGAUAGAUUCUAAGCCCAAGGCUAACCCUAAGGUGUUUCCUCAGAUUGGGACCACAAACAAACGUACCAUAGAGGCUAUUCGCAAAUUGUUACAGAGAUCAAUAUUUGUGACAAAAAAGAGGGUACAUAAUGAAACACAGGUCUCUGCCACAAGGAACAAUGAUAGUUGCCCAAAAAAUGCUAAAAGGCAGAAAAUAGAAAAAGUUGAAAAUGCAUUUAAAAGUUCAGAAAACCCAGAGCCCCUUACCAGUCAAACUCCUCAGCUGGACAUGCAGCCCCUUACCAGUCAAACUCCUCAGUUGAUAUUGCAGCCCCUUACCAGUCAAACUCCUCAGCUGGACAUGUUAUUUGAUGGUGAACAGAUAUUUGUUUAUGAGGAACCGACUGUCAAUUAUUUUAUUUCCACCACAGAUGAAACAGUUGUCCCUUCCAAACCUCUGCCAGAUCUCGAUCUGGUGCAUAUUUCAAAACGAAGCUCAAACUCACCCGUUUCAUCUGUCCACCCACAAACAAACACUGAAGCUAUGGAUUGCGCUCCUAGGCCCUGCUGUGGUACAGCAAGCAACAUAAAGCCAAACUCUAGAAGAAGAAGAAGGGGAAAGGGGAGAAGAUGCACUGCAUGUCCAUGUGAGGUGACUGGAACACAAGUCAAAGCAAUGAGCACAUCAUCCACUUCACAAGAGGAGCCUGAUUCAUCUAAACCACCAAACACCAGGUCCUCAGGGAACCGUACCAGUGCAGUUGCAGAGUCGACUAAACAAAAGGGGAGAAAGUCCACAAAGGCUCAAGCGAAAGAUAAAGAGAAAGCAUCUAUGGAGAUCCAAUGUCCUUCAACUAUGAGUGAGCAGGGAAGUAGUACAGCUGGAGAGAUCCCAACCAGUUAUCUCUGCUCUAUAGCACCCAUGGACCCUGAAGAAAUCAAGCGUCAUGAGAGAAUCAAACGACUGAAAGAUCUCUUGAAGGAGAAGGAAGCUGCUCUUGAGAUGAUUAGAAAGAACAUGAGCUGAGUUUGAGAGGAUGGAAUCACUUUUCAAAUUCCAUAAUGUAUUUCACAACUUUAGCCUUAUAGAACUCUUAUCCAUCAUAUUUAUGUAAUUUAAGUUUUAUUCACUGCAGGAAAUUAAUUAACUUAUUUUCAGUAUUGAAUGUUUAAUUCCAAAAUACAAUAAUUUCAGUAUUGAAAUGUAACUAACUGUCCUGUUUUUCCCAGUGGAUAAGGGUAGUGAGAGAAUAUAUUGAUGCAUUGACUAAGCAUCUUAAGAUGUUUUAGAAAAUACACUGCUCAAAAAAAUAAAGG